AUGUCCCAGCUAGUUUGCAAAAAAGUCCAGGACGGAAAAACUGGAGAGUUUAAGGAACUCACAUACUCCCAACAAAACAAUGUCGUUGGCAGCGGCUCUUUUGGAAUUGUCUUUCAAACAAAACUAUCUCCAUCUGGUGAAUAUGCAGCCAUCAAACGUGUUCUUCAAGAUAAACGCUUCAAGAAUCGUGAACUCGAAAUCAUGAGAAAGGUUAGUCACCCUAACAUUGUCGAACUCAAGGCUUUCUUUUACUCUACCGAAAAAGAUGAAGUUUAUCUCAACCUUGUUCUCGAAUAUGUUCCGGAAACAGUCUACAGAGCCCUUCGCCACUUUGCUAAACAAAAGACCUCUAUGCCCAUGAUUGAAGUCAAGCUCUAUACUUACCAGCUUUUCCGCUCACUCGCAUAUAUUCACGCUCUCGGCAUCUGCCACCGCGAUAUUAAGCCCCAGAACCUGCUGCUAGACCCACGCACCGGCAUCCUUAAGCUUUGCGACUUUGGUUCUGCAAAAAACCUCGUCCCUGGCGAGCCCAACGUUUCCUACAUUUGCUCCCGCUACUACCGCGCUCCGGAACUGAUAUUCGGCGCCACAAACUAUACCACCAAAAUUGACGUCUGGUCUUCGGGAUGCGUCAUGGCAGAACUUAUGCUUGGCCAGCCCCUUUUCCCUGGAGAAUCCGGUAUUGACCAACUUGUCGAAAUUAUUAAGGUCCUCGGCACUCCAACCCGUGAACAAAUCCGUACCAUGAACCCCAACUAUGUCGAGCAUAAGUUCCCUCAAAUCAAACCCCAUCCCUUCACCAAGGUUUUCCGCAAAGCUAGUCCAGAGGCCAUUGACUUAAUAGCCCGUCUUCUUGAGUAUUCCCCAGGAGUCCGUCUUUCUGCCAUUGAAGCCAUGGCUCACUCUUUCUUUGAUGAGCUCCGCGAUCCCAAUACUAGACUUCCGGAUUCGCGCACCCCUGGCGGAGGCCCCUCUCGUGACCUUCCACCACUCUUUAACUUUUCUCAACUCGAGCUCUCCAUUGCUCCAGAACUUAAUCAGAAGCUUGUCCCCCCACAUGCCCGGCCUCAACUGGCGGCCCAAGGCAUUGAUCUUGAUCGAUUUAUUCCUCUGCGCCCAGAACAGAUACGGGCAGGUGUUAAUUAG